GGGCACUUGUCUAAGACAAGCACAAACACCCCGCCGGUGAUACAAAACCCCACCUGCCCGUUCAGUAUAGGCAAGAGUUAGCGAUGACUGGGCCGCGAUCGAUAAACCGAUAAGCCCCAAGCUCCCAGCUGCCCCAGCUUACCGUUAGAUGCCUUUAGCGCUGUACCUACCUAAUUCUAACUCCAGGUGGGCAGUUAGUUACCUACCUACUGUAAGUACAGUGGUAGGUGCAGUAACGAUGUGCAGGCACCUACCCGCAAUGGAGCAGCAACUCUUGCUGCCAAUAUUGUGUCUAUCUUUGCUUACCUUUACCUACCCAGCGACGACGACGACAGCAAAUUAAUUCUGUACCUAAAGUCACUAGUAACACGCAGAUGGAACCAUCCAACACAGAUCCUAGCCGGAGCGAGGCUGUGCCUGACGGAGAUGACGAAGACUCGACAUUGCCUCCAAGAUUCCCUCCAGAGGAAGAAGCGAGCCUCGUCAGUGAAUCUAAUGAGAAGAAGUCCGAAGCGAAUGCUCUCUUCUCAUCCGCUAAAUACGAAAAUGCUAUCAAUAAAUACGAAGAGGCCUCCGCCAUUUGCCCUCAUUAUCUCGACUACGAGCUUGCUGUGUUGAAGUCCAACAUUGCCGCCUGCCACCUCAAACUCGAGCAAUACAAGGAGGCGAUACAAACCGCUACUGACGCCCUAGAGAGCCUAAGUCGCUCUGAGAAAGCCGCGCUUGAAGAUGCCAAGAAGUCGGGCGAGGAAGCCCAAGAACAUGUCGAAGAGGACGAGCCGGAAGAGGAGAUUGUCAGUGCUGGCGCCCAGAAAAGUGCGCCAGCUAUUGGAAAGGAAACGGAUGCUCAAAAGACGGCUCGCAAGCGACAGGAUGAUAUCCUAAGGAUAAGGGCGAAAGCUCUGAUGCGCCGCGCUCGGGCGAGGAGCGAGCUUGGGGGCUGGUCCAAUCUUUCUGGUGCCGAGGAGGAUUAUAAAACUCUUUCCACUAUGUCGGGAUUAAGCAGCGCAGACGAGAAGAUCGUCAGAACCCAGCUACGAGCUCUCCCAGCAAGGGUCAAGGCGGCUCAAGAGAAAGAAAUGAGCGAGAUGUGGGGUAAGCUCAAGGACCUCGGUAACGGUAUAUUGAAACCCUUUGGCCUGAGUACCGAUAACUUCCAAAUGGUUAAAGACGAGAAAACAGGUGGCUAUAGUAUGAACUUUAACCAGAAUCAAAAGCCCCAAUAGCACUAAGUGCAAGGAGACGUCUUCACUUGAAGGAGGUCUGUUUGAUAUAAUCAAACUAAUGACGCUACGGGGACGGCCGUAAGCUUGCGGGCAGGCUUGGGAUUCCUAAACAUUAGACCUAGUUUGAGCAAUUCACCCGUACUCCCUUUUGAGCAACGACGGCUACCUCAGAUUCUCAGAUAUGAAGACGCCCAUGACCAUCGAGAAGAACGGCGCAGAGGCUUCAAUAAUACUAUGCAUUACAUAACGAGGCUAGUCUAUGACCAUGUCUCAUAGAACUCAUAUGGACAAUCUGUUCUAGUGGAGCGGGCUAAAGCAUGGCAUGGUGCCCGCAAUUCCAGGAC